AUAUAUAUAUACAGAGAGAGAGAGAGAGAGUAAAUAGGGCUGGGAAUCUUAGAUGUAUCUGUCCUGAUACGAUCGGGAGCACAGCAGAGUGAAACAUGGCGCUUGUUGCUCUUGGACGGAAUGCUUGUUCUUGCGCUGCUAGGUUAAUGAGCCGAUCCUCACCAGUACUAACAUCAUUACAGAAAUACAGACAUUUCAGCCUAUCUUCUCGAUCGUAUUCUGAGAGAUUUUAUAACAAGUCCCAUGAAUGGAUUUCCAUUAGUAAUGGUGUUGGAACAAUCGGGAUUUCUGAUUAUGCUCAGGAUGCUAUUGGUGAAAUAGUUUUUGUAUCGUUACCCGACAUUGGUACAGAGUUAAAGAUAGGACAGCAGUGUGGUGAGAUCGAAAGUGUGAAAUCUGUGAGUGAACUUUAUAGUCCCAUGUCUGGAAUGGUUACAGAAACCAACUCAGUUGUGAUUGAUGAACCAAGUCAAAUCAAUGCAUCUCCUUUUGAAAAUGGGUGGUUGAUGAAGAUUGAGGUGAGUGACAAAAGUGAAUCAAAUGAGUUGAUGUCAGAAACUGCCUACCAAGAAUUCUUAACAACAUUUGAACACUAAGAGGAAUAAAGAACUCAAGAGAAUAAGGAACUCAGGGACAUCAGAAUAGAGUUGCUGUAAUUUCAGUCAUGUUAUUUGUUCAUCUUGAUUAUUAUAUUGUGUAUCUGUAAUCCGGAAUGUUCUAUGCAGAAUUAUUUUAAAAUGAACCUUAUAAUAUGACUUUUAAGUAUUAAACAAAAUUAUAAGAAAA